UGAAGCGCUAGCGAACAGCUGGGCCUGUCUGAGAGAGAACCAACGCGGAAGAGUGGGAAUAUUCAGCCUCCUUUGUUUACCAUAUGAGUGAUCCCUGAAUUUGGUUGCAACAACACCUAUAGCCCUUUAAUGCUUCUUUUUCACAUGUGCUUAACAGAAGCGUAAGCACACACUGUGCUUUCGAAAGCCAUACAGCUGAGUGUGCACGGUGCUGUGCCACGUUGAGCCUGCAGAGGGCAAUGUCUGACCACAGCAACAGCACAGGCAGCAGCGGGUCCUCCACCAACAGCUGGACCCUCCUCUCCCCUGAGGAAGCUGCUGUGGAGAAUGUCGGGCCAUUAGACGACGGCACUGAGAGCCUGGGUGAUGCCCCGAGUCUCUCUGAGGAUGUGACAGGAGCUGCUGCUAGUGAAAUCCCAAUAGAAACAGUCCUGUCUGAAGAAGGCCAUCAGGUGUGUCAAGAGACCUCUCCAGAGCCCAGUGAAAUCAUCAUGCCUUCUAGCCCACCCCGGAUGAGUCCUGUCCCCCCCAACCUUCUUGAUCCUCCAGACCUCGACCUGGAGAGUCAGCCUCCGGUUAUCCAUGAUAUUGUAACCAGCUCCCCCAGUGACAAUGAGCACCUGGGAGCCACACCCUUUGUCACCAACAUUGAUAUGGGGGCUCCACGUGAUGUCUCUGCUUCUGAACUCCUGGCAUCUGAGCCUGAGGAUUCCUGCGAUGCUCCUCCAGUGACUGAGAUUCCCGCCUUUACAGAAGAAGAGCUUGACACACCUGCUGAUAUCGGGAUGAUUCCUGCCAGCCCUGCUGUGGAGGGUCCUGACUUCACUACUGAACCUGAGGUCAGCUUCCCCACUGAGACCCUCACAGCCACAGAUCCUCCCUCUCAUGUUGAAGAUGAUAUGAGCUUUGUUCCUGAUAGUCCAGAGCCACCAAGCUACGUCCCAGACACUGAGAGCCUGGUGACAGAAAGCCCCAUCAGUGAAAGUCCUGCACCUGAGACCGUUGGUUCAUUAGAGGCAGAGGAGAAGGAGGCGGAGGAAGAAGAGAAGGAAGAAGAGAAGAAGGAGGAGGAAGAGGAGGAGGUGGAGGAGAAGGAGGCAACUGUGGAAAAGGAAGAGUUGGACACCACUGAGACAGUGACCCAGUAUGAGAGAGAAGAAGAGGAAGAAGAAGAAGAUCCAUCUAGUAGCUUUGAUGAUGGACUCAGAAGGAGGAACGUCCUGUCCUACGGGGCGCAGAGACCAAGAACAUCAGAUGAAGACGAUGAAGAUGAGGAAAUGGAGUUCAAGCUGACCGAGAAAAAGGAGGAAAAGCCGUGGUUGUCCUUGAACAAGUGCAUUGUGGGUUCUCUGAUCCUGCUCUUCUUAGCUUCCCUCUUUCUGUCAGGUGACUUUGACGCCUCUGAACUGAGUGAUGUAGAACAAAGCCAGGACUGGCUUAGCGGUGAUCCACAGGAUAUGAAAGAGCUAUUGGAUAAACUGACACAGGAAAACCAGCAAAUCGCUCAGCUAGAAGCUCAGCUACAGUCUCAGAAAGAAGAACUUGACCUGGCACUGAAGGCAGUAGCAGUGAGCGGUGAUGAGAAGGGAAAAGCAGAUCUGGAAAAAGAAAAUGUGAAGCUGAAGGAUGAGCUGUCAUCUCUGCCUGAGCUGAAGAAAGAGCUGGAGAGUCUGAGGUCCAGGGUGACUGAACUCAGCCAGCUCUCAGCUGAUGAGGAAAUGCCUCCCGCUACCUCGAGCUCAGCCCCUCAGCCCGGGGACAAAGAGGGUCAGAGUAACCAGAAAGAAGCUGCACCCGAGAGGAAGAAGGACACAUAUGAUGGAGGAAGACUGAAGGAAGAACUCCACAGGCAGAAGGUUCUUCUUGAGGAGAGCAAGAAGAGACUGCAAGGGAUGAAGAAAAAUGGAGGUGACAGGAAACGAGUGAGGGAUAGUUUGGAGGAGAUCCAGAAGAGGCUUUCUGAACAGGUGGAGCGGUGGGGGAAGAAGAAGCCACAGCAGCCCAAAUGGAAAGGAAACAAGGGCAAAAAUAAUGAGCAGUGGAAGAAAGAAGAAAAGAAAGAGUGGAGAGGAGAGAAAGAUAGGAAGAAAGAGGGAGGCUGGAGAGAGAAAGAAGAGAAGAAGCAAAACUCUCACAAAGAGGCGUGGAGGAAAAACCAGGCCGAGUGGGAGAGGAAGAAGGCCGAGCGCAGGAUGGACAGAGAGGAGAGGAGGAAGGAGAAACCGUGGCACAGCCAUCAUGGCAAGAGCUUCCUCAACCACCAGCAGCCCCAUCACUCCCACCAGCAGCCCCAUCACUCCCACCAGCAGCCCCAUCACUCCCAGCAGCCCCAUCACUCCCAUCAGCCUCACCAGCCUCAGCAGCACAAGCAUAGCGACUUCUGGAGGGACCAGGAGCAGAAGCUCAGGCGCAGCGUGCGCUCCCAGCCGGGCUGCACCUCGGUGGAGGACUGCGCCGGCAAGGAGGGGCUCUACCCGGUGGAGCUGCCCGAGUUCGAGGAGCUGCUGGAGGGAUACCUGAGCAAGCUGGAGGGGUCCUCGUCCGAGAGCAAAGACAAGAUCAGGAAGCUGACGGCGGAGUUCUUCGAGGACGGCGUGUUCAUCCACGACAGGGUUCUCUUCAGUGACUUUGCCGAAGACGUGGCAGACAUCCUGGAGGACAUGGUGGACAUUUUGGAGAGCAAGGGGCAGAAGGACGACGACUCCCUGGAGGAGGAGAUGGAGGAGUUUGAACGGGAGGCCCUGUGGAAGUUUGCCGCCACGGCUUGAAUAGACAAAGAGGGGGAAAGUAAUAAAAAAUGGCGCUAAGAUACAGCACAGCCGGUGGUUUUAUAGGACAUUUCUUGCCUACAUUCUCCUCUUCAGAGCUGUAAUUGUAGUAGCUUCUGGUACAGAGUGGUCGUGCCUCUCAUUAAUGUGUCCCCCUGAGUCUUUAAUUAUAAGCUAGACUUGUUGUCUUUUUUGACUUAGUUGUUGUUACCUACCUCUGUCAGGUCAUGCCUCCUAAUGCAAAGUCCUUCAGUAAUGUGUUGUGUGGAUUUUCCUCUGCUGUAUGGUGUUUUCUCAAUACCUAGUGCAUGUUGCAGUUCAUCGUGUAAAUUCAAACUGAUAUAGUCAAACCAUACAGAACAAUGGGGCUUUAGGGCGAUGGUAAUUGCAAAAAAUAAUUCUGUGAAGCAACGUGCUUUGAAAUAUUCUCACAGUUCAAAUGAGUUCAGAAAGGCUUGUUGAAUACUUCUCUGUCAUUGAACUGUGUGAAAACAGCGUGUCACUGCGAGCAGGUUUAAACAAAUGCUGAGAAUUAUUUAUUUUUUUGCCUCAAGUCAUCUGUAGCCGUCUAAUCCCAGAGGAUGAGAUCCCGGUUCUUUCAGUGAUGAGAAUCAGAUCAGGUCAGACCAGUUUUUUGAGUGGAUUUGGGCAAACACACACAGAGUGCAGUUACAGAGCCCUGAGCGUUUAGUUUAUACAUUUGUCAGACGUUUCAUCCUGCAACUCCCAACUGUCAGUCGAUAGCAGAUGUGCUGAACAAGGAACCGGUUUGAGAAACGUCAGUUGUAAAGAAAAAAAGCAAUAGGUUAAAGUGAUCGCCAUAGCUACAUUUAUGACUGCCAAACCACCCUAGCACUUUUCAAAAACAUUCACAUUUACAGCAAAGUUUGUUUUCUCUAUUGUGUUUUUUUUAAAGAACUCUUUAAUAUGUUUGUAAUGUAGCCAUGGGGACCUCCAACACAAGAUCUAUAUAAAUAUAUAUACUGGGUAUCCCAGAGCAUCAGAGUCAAAAGGAUAGACUUAAUGUCCUGUAAAUGAGAUUGGCAACCAAAGCAGUAUAUUUGUCAUUGUCCCUUUAUUCUGUUAACAGGUUGAUGUUAACUGACAUGCACACACCUGAUAUAGUAAAAGUUAUUUAGUUCAAGCAAAUGCCAAAAUGAGGAAGCUGCUGCAUUUUGUGAGCCAGACAUAACACACAAAACAAAGUCCAUCAAGUAUUGCAGCACUGCUUUACAGUGUUGACCAGUUAUUUGAGCCAAAAUCAUUAUUUUUGUUUUGAUUGUAGUCGUAUUUGUAAUCAUGAAGUGUUCCCUCUUUAGGUGGAUGUGAAGUUAAAGUCGACAGAUAGUGAUUGUUGGUUCUCAUUUUCCAGGAGCUUUGGAGUGUUUCAUGUUUAUUUAUUCUGUCAGUACGCUGAAACUCUUUCCCUUCUUUUUAAUAAGACUUUGUCCCAGGCCACACACAUUGAAUGUGAAUAUUGUGAACUAUUUCAGUUACUUCAGAGAUUUAGUUUGCCAGCUACUGCUUACGUGCCUUUAUUAUUAUGAAUACCUUCGAAUGGACGAGUGGUCGUGGAUUUCAUUUGCUUCUGCAAGAUAAGGAAGAAAAGUUUACACUGCUCCUAAUGGGGCUGUUUAUAAGGCAGAGAAUGAAUGUCAAAGGGUUUACACAUGAAGUGUUAAACGUUCUCUGCUGUUUGCACAGAGGAACUUUUUAUUAGAAAGUAUUAAGACCAAAGGGAUCGGAAGAAAGCUUAAUUUCAUUAGAAGAAUCCUUAGUUUAAUGAAACACAUUUAUGAACAUUUAGAGCAUAUCUUUUUUUGUCAUUCUGGGACGACGGUAGGGCUCUGUGCUUACUGCUAUUGUAGGAUCUGGCUCAGACGUGCAUGUGAAUGAUCCCUGGACAAAUGUAUUGAAAAAUGUGAUUAAUUUGAAUUUCAUUCGUCAUCAUUUAUGUCCUCUUUUAGGAAGUCGGUGUUAAGUUCAAUAAAUCUUGCACCAUUAAAUGUG